UCAGCUUCAAAUCAUUUCACUGACGACGUCAAUAUUAAAUAUAUAGCCUUUUUUUAUAGAAAUCAGGAAAUGCUUGUGAAAAUUAAUGCAUUCAAAUAUUUUUUAACUUUAUUAGCGUGCACUGGUGUCAAUGCGAUAACAAUGCAGCAAUUUGAAUCCUCAUUGGACAUGAUGCGCAAUGGUUGUGCACCGAAGUUCAAAGUAGCAACCGAAAUAUUGGAUAAUCUAAGAGCUGGUGAAUUUAUUGAAAACAAUGGCGAAUUGAAGUGUUAUACCAGAUGUGUAGCACAACUGGCGGGAACGGUAACUAAAAAGGGAGAAUUUAGCGUGCAAAAAGCAUUAGCACAAAUACCAAUUAUAUUACCACCUGAGAUGCAGGAGGCAGCUAAGGCCGCAUUGAAUGCUUGCAAGGAUGUGCAAAAAAGCUAUAAGGACUCAUGCGAACGUGUCUUCUACACAACGAAAUGUGUGCGCGACUAUGAUCCAGCUACUUUUAAAUUUCCAUAAUGUUAUAUAUAACAAUUUACAUAUGUAAAUAUAUGCGUAUAACUGCUUGUA